UGGCCGCCCCGCUCCGGGAGGGCUCCGCUCCGCUCCCUCCCCGGCCAUGGCAGCAUGGACGCGGCCGUGCUGGACACAGCUAUUUAUACCUUCUCUCUUUUUUUCUUUCCCCCCCUCCCCUCGUGGCUGAUAUAGGAAGAGUGAUGCGAACACAAUACGAUUCCAGGAAUCCCUCACUUCCUGGAACAGAUUAAAAGGGACACACAAAAGAUUACUAAGGAGGUCUGCCUUUUUUUUUUUUUCCGUUCCACGGAGCUUCAUUUCUCCGGAGCCAGCGCUGGGAGAGGUCGCUGCUCCGGCUCUUCCCGCAGCACUUGGGGAGAUCUUAUUUAUUGGUACUUAUUUAUUACUAUUUCAGAGUGUUCUGAAGGAAGUUCAGUUCCUCUUUAAAUAUAUGUAAUUUCCUUUUUCUCUGGUUAUUUUUUUUAACUUUUUUUUGCUGCUGUUUUCUGAAAAGCAGAACAAGAAUACAUUAUUUUUUCUAAAGCACUGAAAGUGCACGCAUUUUCUUGGCCAAAGUUGCUGAAGUCUUUGUCGGACAGCUCGUCUUCUGCUUGGCUUUUCCUGUGUCUGAAACAACCUGCAGAAGGGGUUUGCUGGGACUCGCCAGCCUUCUCUCACCGUGAACCCCAGCUAGAGGCUGAACUCGCUGCUUCGGGAAAGCAAAGAAGGCAAGAAGAGGAGAAAUCAUUUCCCACCUUCUUGAAGACUUAAUGCUUUUCCCUUGGUCCGGGAGUGACAUGAUCCUCUGUGUUCAGGGACCUCAUCCUUUGCUGGCAGAGGAAAAGAUCAGGAGACUGUCACUCAGGGGCAUUGAGGAAUUGUCAGAGCCUAUCAUGCAGCCUCUCCCAGUUAUGGCCUUCCAGGAGGAGUCUGCGCCUGCCCUUGCAGCUCCAGUUCCAGACAGCAACCCACCUCAGACACGGGACCCUGAAGAAGACCUUCUCUGCAUUGCAAAAACCUUCUCCUACCUGCGAGAAUCUGGUUGGUACUGGGGUUCCAUCACCGCCAGUGAGGCCAAGCAGCAUCUGCAAAAGAUGCCUGAGGGCACCUUCCUGGUGCGGGACAGCACCCACCCCAGCUACCUGUUCACACUGUCUGUCAAGACCAACCGAGGGCCCACCAACGUGCGCAUCGAAUACACCGACAGCAAGUUCCGCCUGGACUCCAACUACCUGUCCAAACCUCGCAUCCUGGCCUUCCCAGACGUGGUCAGUCUCAUCCAGCACUAUCUCACGUCCUGCACAACGGAAAGCAAGACCGAGGCUCCUUACCCGCCUCCGUCUUCUCUACCUCCCCUGCAGAAGGAGAUGGCAGCAGCCGCAGUACACUUGAAGCUCAUCCGGCCGCUGGGCCGCAAGGACAGCAUUCCCAGCCUGCAGCACCUGUGCCGGCUGUGCAUCAACAAGUGCACGGCCAACGUGGAGCAGCUGCCCCUGCCCCGGCGCAUGUGGGAAUACCUGAAGCAAUAUCCUUUCCAGCUCUGAAGCGUGGCCGUUCUCUCUCAGGCACGAACGACAGAGACACAACCAUGAGAGCUUUGUGUCUCCGUCCCGCUAAAGGUGGGCACAGCAAAGACCUGAUUGUCAGCAGAGACUGCAUCCAUCUUUCCUCUCCCCUUCUCUUCACAUCCAUUCCAGCCCCAGGGAGGAGUGGUUUGUUCCAGUGAGCAAUGGGGCAGCAGCCAAGCUCUGACCCUCGGGCCCUGCCGGCAGUGGCUGUGAGAAGCUCUGUGGGCAUGGCCACACUACUUGAAUGUCAGAGUUGCCGUGACACCGGACAUGUUAACGUUGUUAUUUUUGCUAUUUAUUUCCAUGGCAGUUUCUCUCCUCAUGGUAUUUUUAAAGCACCUUUUACUUUAUUGGUUUUUUUUGUUUCUUUUGUGGAAUUAGAGAUAGCAUAAAGGCUCCCAGCCAACUGGCAGCCACAGGUCUCUGGGAAUUUGGAUUUGGAUUCACAUCCAAACAGUUUCUGUUUGAGCCUGUCUCUGUGACAGGUUACAGGAGUCCACAUCCAAGCUCUCCUAGGCUUCUGGGGUAUGUGAGACUCAGAUGACUGUAUCCAGACCCACCUCUACAGAGGUAAAGACUAUUUGUUUUUUAUUCCUUAGCUAAAGAGGGUAUCACAACCUCAGAGCACAGUGGGAACUCCCAGAGGUGUGUGCUGCAUCACAUGUGGACAGGAGACUUCUUUGAGGAAGCUCUUCCUUGAGAGCUCUAAGCAGAAAUCUGGAUAGUGAGGUUGGACCAGGGAGCACUCAUCCCAUUUUUUUCCAUCUUCUCCAUCUCCAAAGGAAGUUUGUGACAAAACAUUUCAAAACAAGCGAUUAGAAACCAAAUUUUCUCAUAUGUAGGCAGAAGGAUUUAAUUUCAGAGCACCCUGUAUUUGGCUUGUGUUUUCAAAUUGCUGUUCCCUGAUCUUGCCCUUGCCUGAGAUACAGGACAAGACCAGGGUCUCCUUGAGCGGGGGCUCAGAGUCAGCUCUGCUGGGCUGCCCCAGUGACACGCACAGCUUCAGGAUAUUUAUUUAUUUAUUUAUAUCUGGGGUAGCACUUAGGGGCACCUCAGCCCACAGAGCUGUCCUUGCUCCCUGCUCCCACGAUGCCACACUGCUGCAUGCUGUGCUCCUGCCAGCAUUAGUCACCGGCCGCGCGGCUUCCGCCUGCUCCAGGCUGGAGCACACGCUGCAAACCACAAUCCAAUGUUUCUGUUUGCCAAGGUCCAGACCUCUCCUCCCCACUGCUCUGACUUGCAUGUUUGUUAUCCAUAAUUAGGCUUUUGGCUCUGGGUUUCCUUCUCGCACCCCAUCCCUUUCACCCCCUGCAGAUGAGGCACAAUGGCUCUUCCCCUGCUCUCUUACACGUAGGAGGGACAGACAGCAGAUGGGAUCUGCCCCAAACCAGCACAGACAAGCUGCCCCUUCCUGUUCAUUUGCUGAAUCCCAUCAUCUUCCCAGCCUUGCCAUCAAGUGAGAGUAGAGGAGGGAACAGACAGGUUGCAGAAAUUAUCAUUUGGCUUAUUUUGCCCCUAAGACCCCCUGACUUGUUCUAGCAUGAAUGAACAUUAAGGAUUCCUUGUUCAUCAUUCCCUGGGACCCUCUCUAAGGCUCUGUAAAUCAGAAUGGACAAACCCCCAGCUAUAGCUGAGUGUUGGAAAAGAAGAUGGAAAAAGAUGGGAUGGUGAUCCAGGAGACAAGCUCAAAAAAAAUGGGUGAGUUUCUUCCACCCUAUCUUAAAGCUGCCAAAAGGGACAAGAUGGCCUGAUGUGCUUUUUUUUUUUCUCUCCACAUUUAUACAAGUUUGUGCUGUUGCAAGCUUUGUUUUUGAUACUUUGAUGAUUACAGUGUGCAUGUGUGAUGUCAGGUUUGCUUUUUGGUAUAUCCUUCCCCCUUGCCCUCUAUGGCAGCAACCAUGGGAAGGUACUGAAUGAUAAUGAAAAUUUAGAAGGCAAAAAGGAAAAGUUUUUAAAAAAUAAUAUAAAUGAUAAACCACUGAAAAGGCUUCCUUUUAUCCAAACACCUCUAUCUGCCUGAGGACACUGGGAACAAGGAAACCACAGCUCUCCAAGGAGCAGCAGUGAUCUCAGGAAGCCCACAGAGCUCAGCCACAGGCCUGGUAAAUACAGCUUGGGAAAAAUCAGUUGGAGAAAUGUACAGCAGGAAAGGGCAGGUUGUUCAGCUCUCUGAAACUUGCCUCCUACUUGAUCUGUUCUUUGUUUGUGGUGAUGGGGAGGUCAAGCUGUGGGUUUGACUCACUGCCCCAAGAGAUACCAGGAGCUCCUGGCUGACCCCAAACUGAAGGCUGUGAGCUCCUAUGGGCAGGGACCAGCUCUGUUCUAUGUUUGUUCUGCAUUUAGCACAGUAGGGAUCUCUAGGUGCUACUGCAAUACAACAAAUAAACAAUACAGUUACUCCAAAAAGUCAGUUUCUUCUAUCUUGAGACAGUUUGUUAAAAAUCAUUUGACUCUGGAUUUUAAAUAAACAUUUUAAAUAUACUUUAAAGCC